AUGACAUCCUCUCCACUGAAUGAGCAUUCCUUAGCUUUUGGAUAUCGGCCCGGUGGCGGUCUACCAGCCUCUUACUUUGGCGCCACCCCUUUCCAAGGAUAUCAAGGCGAUUUUACCAGCUAUAUGACCAAUCCUGGAUCGUGGUACGGAGGAGGCGACCCUCGAUUUGCUGCUUUACUCCCCUGCGGUAUCGAUCCAUCGAGAGCGGCAGUACAUGGAAUACAAUUGCCAAUGUCUCAACGAAGGAAAAGAAGAGUUCUUUUUAGUCAAGCACAGGUUUACGAACUAGAACGGCGCUUCAAACAAGCUAAGUACCUAACAGCGCCUGAACGUGAACAGUUGGCAAACUCUAUUCACCUCACUCCAACACAGGUAAGGAUACUGUAA